UCUGACAUCAGGUUGCCUUGGCGAUUCGCGUCGUAAACGUGUUUAUCUGUGUUAAAAACACAGCUCUUUAAAACUAUGAGCAAGGCUCUGGCUUUUUAGAUUUCUUACCCAUAAUUUGUGUUACCUACCUUACUUCCAAAUGGUGGACAGACUAGAAUCGGGGAUUGAAAAACUUUUAGGUGGGGCUGCAAUUGAAGAUGAGUCAGCCACAAUUGUUGAUUACACCCUUGCAGACCAAAAUGAAGAUUUGGUUUCGAGGGGGAUGGAGACUCUCUCCUUGUCCGAUUACAAACCCGUUGUGAAAAAGUCUGUUUCCUAUAUCGUGGCAGCCGUGCUUGUCAAUGACAGAAGUGAGGUGUUGAUGAUGCAAGAAGCCAAAAGCUCAUGUGCCGGUACUUGGUACUUACCAGCUGGGAGAGUGGAACCCGGUGAAAAUCUCCUGGAUGCUGUAAAAAGAGAAGUUUUGGAAGAGACUGGUUUAGAAUUUGAACCCAGUACACUUCUUGUUGUUGAAUGUGCUCAAGGUCAUUGGUAUAGGUUUGUUUUUACUGGACAAGUUACAGGUGGUGUACUAAAAACUGUCGCUAGAGCCGAUGCAGAAUCCUUGCAAGCAAGCUGGAUUGAUGACUUGAAUCAGCUGAGCUUGCGAGCUUGUGAUAUUCUACCUCUUAUAGAAAGAGCCAAACAGUUUUAUGCUGAAAAACCAGAAGCUUGGCACCGUCCACUUUUACCUGCUUUGUGCCCUCAUAAAAACCUCCUUUUCAGGUUGAUUGUUGUUAUAAGGAAGAAAUCCAAUAACCGGAUCCAUGUUUUAAUAUCCGAGAAAGGCAAUGUACAUUUUCCAACUUGCGAGAUAAAUCCAGCUAAAAGCAUUCACUCAACCUUAAGGAAAUACAUACAGGUUCUUUUUGGCUCAAAUCCUCCUCCACAUAAACCACAUGGAAUUAUGUCAGUGGAACAUUCAGCCCAGCCAACAGGAGAACAUGAUGGUAUAUGUCUGACCAUCCUAAUAUCUUGCAAAUCAGCUCUUGAAGAUGUUGCCGUCUCCGCCAAUUAUGCUUGGAUGGAAAUACGCAAAGACCUGGGUGACAGAUUACUUGGUAGGCUGAACAAAAAUAAGUGUGUCAUGCUCAAUGUGAUCAGAUAAAGAAUUUUAGAAGGACAUUUUAUUGUGCUGACAUUAUUGCUCCAGAUGAUGCAUGGAUUGUCCUUUUAUUGCAUUUAAAGAUCACUCAGUUUUAUUCUGUCAUUAAGAUUGUGUAUAUUUUUGUUACUUGAAAGUGAUAUGCAUUUCAUCUGCUUAUCAUGAGCUUAUAUAUGUCAUUUGUCCAUGCAGGAAAUUAUUUAGUAUUAUUGCAUUUUAGUUUAGAUUAGUUUCCUUUCUAAACAGAUAGUAUAUAUAUAAUUUUUUUGUGAUGAAAUAGUGAAAGACA